GGGUGCCCCACUAAUGCCAAGCUCACCUCACGGCCCAAACCCUCGCACUCUUGAUCUCAAACCCUUGGAAACAAGGCGCGGGUUUUCUUGUCAGCUCGAAGGACCGUUUAGGAAUGGCGAAGAAGAAAACAAGAGCCGAAGCUGAAUCGGAAUCAGGACCGAACGCACCGGAUGCACGACAAAACGAUGUCGAGCUCGUUAAUGGCAACCCUCGUAAGAAGAUUAAGAAGAAGAAGAAGAGAACGGACGAAGAAACAGAGGAGAUACCCACUGUCAGCAUAGCCGUGCCCGGUUCCAUCAUCGACAACACCCAAUCUUUCGAACUCGCCACCCGAUUGGCUGGUCAGAUUGCACGUGCGGCUACCAUUUUCCGAAUCAAUGAAGUGAUAGUAUUUGAUAACAAGAGCGAUGGAGUGAACGAUUUUACGACUCUGGAUAGUACAGAUGAGAAUGAAAGUGGUGCGGCUUUUCUCGUAAGGAUCUUGCGGUAUCUUGAGACGCCGCAAUAUUUAAGAAGAGCUCUCUUCCCAAUGCAUAACAGCUUAAGAUUCGUGGGAAUGUUGCCUCCUCUUGAUGCUCCACACCAUCUGCGGAAGCAUGAGUGGGCCCCAUAUCGAGAAGGUGUCACUCUAAAAGAAAGAUCUACAGGCUCAGGAACACUCGUUGAUGUGGGUCUAAGUAAGAAUAUUGUCAUUAAUCAAGUAAUGGAACCCCAUAAAAGAGUUACUGUGGCUAUGGGAAUCGACCGCAAUCUGGAUGCUGAUUUACCUCGUGAAAUUGUCUCGUCCUCCAAGCCGAGGGAAGAAGCAGGAAUUUAUUGGGGGUAUAGAGUUCGAUAUGCUUCCAAUAUAAAUUCAGUAUUUAAGGAUUGCCAAUUCAAGGGGGGCUAUGAUCGUAUAAUCGGAACCUCAGAGCAUGGUCAGAUUGUUAAUUCAUCAGAUCUGACUAUACCUACCUUUAGGCAUCUGUUGAUUGCUUUUGGUGGACUUGCUGGGUUAGAAGAAAGCAUAGAAGAAGACAACAACUUAAAAGGUAAAGAUGUGCGCCAGGUAUUUGAUUUGUACUUGAACACAUGUCCAAAUCAAGGGAGUCGAACAAUUCGAACAGAGGAAGCAAUUUUUAUCUCUCUUCAGUAUUUCCAAGAGCCCAUAACCCGAGCAUUGCAGAGAGUGGAACUUUAAACUUCAAAGUUACUUCGAGUCAAUUAACAGCUAGGUAAUUAGGAAUGUUUGGACUAGUGGCCUUAGUUGGUGUAACUCCUCAAUCUAUGAUACAGUUUUAGGCAUAAGAAAAGGUAGAAUUAUCCCCAUCUGUCUUAUUUCAAAUCUAGGCCACUUGUUUUAGGCAUUUUGCCAAGAUUUUUAAUUUAUAGCAUGUAGUCGAAUUUGAACUGUAGAUGGGGAUGCUGUAACAUAAUGACUUGUUUACUCGAUUUCUUUUCUUACAUGAAACUUCUUGCUGGAGAACAGAAUUUAAGGU